AUGAGAGCCCAAGUGAAACUUGCCUGUCUGGCCUGCCGCGCAUCCAAAAUUCGCUGCGACGGACGGGAUCCCUGUGCCAGCUGCAUUUCCAAUCAGCGACAAUGCCAUUAUCGCGCCAGUCGCCGGGGAGGCGCGCGAAGGGGAGUCCGCUAUGAGAAUGCCUCACGACGUGAUGAUCGUGCCGCUGCUUCAACGCCCUCUUCAUCCCAUCAGUCGACUGAGAUUACUGACGCUAUUCUGGGGGGCCUGAUCAGCCCUAUGUCGCCGUUCAGCAUCUUGCCUGAUGUUUCGGACAUGGAUGGCCUGGAUAGAGGGCCUGAGACUGCAGAAGCCAGACAAACGCCAAUUGACCAGCAGGAUACCGCAGAGACCUCAGGCAGCCAUGACUCGUUGGUUGUCAGGGCCUAUCGGUGUGAAGAGGACUUAUUGGAUGGCAGGGCCAAUGCUUACUAUAUCUACAUCCAUCCUUAUUUCCCAAUGCUUCCCCAGCCUGCCAUCCCGCAGUAUCAGGACAAUCCCGUGCCCAUUUCCACACAAUCCACCGAACCUGACAUUUCCCAGCUCCCAUUCUGGCCAACCACUCCACUUGGUCUGGCACUGAUGGCGAUACUCGCUUUAAUCCCCGUCCUGGAAGAUCCCCAUCCCAUGAGAGAACAGGCUGUCCGUCUUCGUCGGUCAUAUGCCGAGACAUUUGCACGGGCAGCCUUGAAGAGCAUUCAGGAGUUUGUCGAAGAUCCAAAUCACCAUGCGGCUAGUCUGCACAGUUCUCUGCAUUCAAAUGUCCCUCUGGGGCUAGAGUCUGUCCUUGCUUUAUUAUUACUGAGCCUGUACGAAUAUUGUCACUGUGGGAGCAGGGCUAAGAUGCGGUCUCGUGCUAAUCUGGCAUUAACAACUGCCAUGGAUAUGUCGCUUCAUACGGUGAGUCCGGAAGCAGCAGAGAGCUUGAAUGCUAAACGACGGGCGUGGUGGGCUACAAUCUUCUUGGUCUAUCAGUCAUCUAUAUCCAACAGUGUAGCGCCCAUAAUACUCGCGGAUGAUCCCCGUAUAACGACUCCGUUGACGGAAUUCCGUUGCUGCUUAGAGCCGUGGCCACUGCUCGUGAAAGCACAAGAUGCUCUCUACAAAUCCUCCUGUAUAGUACGGGAACUCAGCGAAGAAAGCAACGCCAGGCUAUCGAUUCUCCUUCGCGACCGGAUCCGCGAACUGGACACUCACCUGGUUGCCCUGACAGCAGAAUCUGAUUCCUGCCAGUGUGUGACAAACCAGCAGGGCGCCGAAGCGUCUGCGACUAGAGCCAUGUGGGUGAUUGCUCGGGCAUUCAUCCAUACAUCUCGCAUCAAGCUGCACCGCCUACGAGCCUUUCUCUGCCAUCCGUUCCUAGACGACUAUCACAACCCCAUCUUGUCCGACGACAUGUCCCUGCGCCCCUCGCCACGCCUCUCCUCCACCCGCAUAGCAGAGAUCGAGGCCGUCUUUCCCUUCACCGAGCAAGAAUCCACAACAACAUGUCUCAAGUCAUCUUUGACAAUAUCCCGCAUCUUCCGACACCUCCCACCACCGAACCCCUCCUACUCAGACAGCGAGUUCCUAGUGCCGGCAGCGUACGCUCGCCGGCGUGGACGUGGACGGCCAGGACCCCUGCCGUAUACGGUGUGCUGUGAGGUGGAGAGCGUGUGCGUGCUGAUGAUGCUGCUGCAGAGGGUGCGUGGGUGUUCGUUCUCGGGGGAUUGUAUGUCGAUUCGGUUUCUGUUGGGUGAUCCGCGACCCGAGACGGAGAAGCAGGAUGUGGAGAGGGUGUGUGAGGAGCUGCAGAAUGGGAUUGAAGCGUUGGUGGCGGCGCUGAAAAGGGGCGAGGUGUUUGAUAGAGUGGGCUGUUUGGCUAGGGAAGUUGAGGGUGUUUAUAAUGCAUUCUCUGAUCGGAUAUGAGUUGCUCUCGGAGGUACUAGGAGUAGUUUUCAGAUAUCAGGAGUGUACGAUAAGCCUAAUAGAGUGGGGCUGGAUAAUUUUACUGCCUAGGG